AUGCCACCAUUGACCUCGCUCGUCGUAGGAGCGUCGCGAGGGCUUGGCCUCGAACUUGUUCGCAAUUUACAUGCUCGCGGCUCAAACGUCUUCGCAACUGUGCGGUCCCCACCUCAGACGCCUGAUCAUUUCCCGAAUGAUAUUACUGUUAUCGAUGGCGUUGACGUUGGAGAGGAAAAGGCAGGUGAUACAAUUGUGAAAGUCCUGGAUGGCCGUCAGCUAGACCUCGUAAUUAUCAAUGCAGGGGUUUUCAAAACAGAGACUCUCGAGAAACCGAGUUUUGCUGAUGAGCUCGACAUGUAUAAAACAGUCGCCAUUGCACCUGUCUUCCUUACUCACCAUCUACGCAAGUCGAACUCUUUCGCCCCAGGUGCAAAGCUCGUCCUCAUCACGACCGAAGGCGGUUCCAUUGCUCUUCGUACGAAAGAGGAAGGAGGUGGCAACUAUGGCCAUCAUGCCAGCAAGGCUGCAGCUAACAUGGUUGGACGCCUUUUGUCCCACGAUCUUGUCGAUGACGGCGUCGCCGUUGUAAUGAUCCAUCCGGGAUUUAUGCGAACGGAUAUGACCAAGAACGUUGGUUUUGACAAAUUCUAUGACUCCGGAGGAGCCGUCCUACCCUCGGAAGCUGCCGCUUCGGUGCUUGAUUUUGUUGCGAACUUAUCCAUCAAGGACACAGGCUCAUUCUGGGCACCUCGUGGUCCCAGAGAUAUUGGCGAGGCUGAACGCGUUCUUGGAAAGGACCUCCCCACUCCUCUACGGCUCCCUUGGUAA